AUGGAAACAUGUCCCAUCCCUCCUGCCUCCAUUGCUGUGGCGUUACUGAAACCUCUCUCAAAAAAUCAUUCAAGCCUCCGCCUUCCUCUGAUCUGCGUCGCUCUGUCCUCAUCUCCCAUCGCGAACGUUGAGAGUAAAACUAUUCACUCUCGUCAUACCGUCAUCCUCUCGUCCUUUUUCCUCCGGCUCCCCCUGCUGUCAUCAGCCUCCAACAUCGCCUCCCGCGGGCCCUCCCUCAAGACCUAG